UAUAAUGGAAAAUAAUUGUUUAGAAUAUUUGGUACCUAUGAUGAUCAGCCAUAUGUAUGUUGUGUGGCAGAAUAUAUAUUUGUACUUGCAGUUAAAUUUGGUCGCAGGUCCCUAAAUAUGAUCAGUAAGACAUUCUUUGCUGUAUGGUGCGGUACUGAAAUAUUCGCUUUUUUGUCGUAUUCUCGCGCUGUCGGGAGUUUGUCGCAAAAUUUGUGAAUUAAAUAUUCAAAUUAAAUAAGAAGCUCAAUGAAAAGUGGAUAAAAUAGAAACAUUUAAAUAAACUGCUAAAUAAUUUAGUGUAGCUUAGUGUAACAAUUUAUACAAUAAAACAGUUCCAACUACCAAAAUUACUAUGCUGCAUGUGAGACAGUGCUUGUUGUUCAUUUUUUUGUCAACAUUAACGGUUGUGGUAGUAUCCAGUGGUGCCCAAAAAACGCCAAUAAGAGAACAGGGCAACCACAGCCAAUUGACGCGCCAACAAAAAAUUGCACUUACUUUUGCUGGUUUACAAGUGGAGUCAGAGGGCUCUGAUACAGUUGAACUACCAAAGCUGUUCGGAGCGAUCGAUACACAAAUCGUACCAGACACCAAAGACACACAUGGCGCCAUUAAACCAAAGCGCUUAAAAAAAAAACGCAAGAUUCCCGGAACCAAAGAACGUAAUAUUACUGCAGACGCGGCGCUAUCGGAGGGCGAACAAAAUAACGCAAUAAGAAGCAACGAUACAAGCGGCAACUCGCGCCAGCGGAAACAAAGCUUAGCAUUUCCGAGACGCUUGUUCAAGCAACUCAAAGGCCAACGGAUACCGAUUGGCAAGAAGAAGAACAAACGGCCCACGGCGAGUAGCACUCGGAAGCCAUCGAAAAGCAGGCAUAACAACAACAACAACAACAAAAAAUCCAAUCGCAAUCAUAAAUCAAAAACACACUCAUUCCAUCAUCAUCAAAAUAUGAAUGACACUACACGACUAGCACGUGCUGUUACCGCUAAUAAAGAACGCAUCUGGGAUCAUGGUGUUAUACCCUACACUAUUGCCAACAAUUUUGAUACUGAACACAAAGCACUCUUUAUAAAAGGUAUGCGCCAUUGGGAGAAUUUCACUUGUAUCAAAUUUGUGGAGCGCCAGCCUAAAGUACAUCCCAAUUACAUACACUUCACGGUAAAGAAUUGUGGUUGCUGUUCGUUUGUGGGCAAGCGUGGAACAGGGCGUCAGAUUGUUUCGAUUGGCCGCAAUUGUGAAACAUUCGGAAUUGUAGUGCACGAGCUGGGGCAUGCGAUCGGCUUUUGGCAUGAACAUACACGCAUCGAUCGCGAUCAGUACAUAAAAAUCAUUAACGAGAACAUCAUGAAGGGGCAAGAGUCCAAUUUCAAUAAACUCUCACCGGUGGAAGUUGAUUCUCUGGGAUUACCGUACGACUACAAUUCAAUCAUGCAUUAUUCGAAAAAUACGUUUGCCAAAAACGGUUAUGUGGAAACGAUACAACCAAUUGGCUUGUCAAAAACUCAGCAAAAUGAGAUUGGCCAGAGAUUACAUAUCAGUGAUGGUGAUAUUUUGAAAGUGAAUCUGUUGUACAAGUGUAGUAGUUGUGGACGCACGUAUCAAGAGAAUUCUGGACAGAUAGAUUCACCGCAUUAUAAAUAUUCGCAAGCAGCGGUACAAGCAAGUAAUGUGGUCGAUGAAGGUGGAAGUGGAGACUCUGAGGUUAGCGAUUUCGAUAAAUCAUUAGAGAAGUGCGAAUGGCGUAUUACAGCAACGAAUGGCGAACGAAUAGUAUUACAAAUUCACGAAGUGCAUUUGCUUGAGUCCACUAAUUGCUCUGUGGACUAUUUAGAAAUACGCGACGGCUAUUGGAACAAAUCACCCGUUAUUAAAAGACUUUGCGGCAAUGUUACUGCGGAAACUGUAGAAAGCAAUUCGAGUCGAAUCCUUAUUAAUUAUGUUAAUCAAAAUGCCAACAAGGGAUUUCGCGGUUUUUCUGCUGAAUACCAGGUAACUUGUGGCGGUGAAGUCUUUAUUACCCAAGAUCGACGCAUCGACUCUCCAAAUUAUCCUCUGGAAUAUCCCCCUGACCGGGAAUGCAUUUGGCAUAUUAGUGUGGAAGAAAAUUAUCAGGUUGCGGUGAGAUUUUUGUCAUUCGAUUUGGAACAUCGAGAAAACUGCCUUUACGAUUAUUUAGAAAUACGCGACGGCAAUAGUAGUGACUCUCAGCUAAUUGGCGUUUACUGUGGCAAUACGUUACCGUCAACCAUCAAGACCAAUUCAAAUCAAAUGUAUGUAAAGUUUGUUUCCGAUGGUACGCUACAGAAGAUUGGCUUUUCGGCGAUCUUCCUAAAGGAGGUCGACGAAUGCAAAACUUUCAAGCAUGACUGCGAGCAAGAGUGCAUCAAUACGCUGGGGAGCUAUCAGUGCGAUUGUUUUGUUGGCUAUGAGUUGCUUUCCGACAGACGGUCCUGCGAAGAUACGUGUGGCGGUAUUAUCGAUGCGUCUAUUCCCAAUGCCACAGUUUAUUCACCAGCAUAUCCAGAUGUGUAUCCCAUAUCGAAGGAGUGUGUGUGGGAGGUGGUGGCACCACUCAAUCACACGGUCUUUCUCAAUUUUACACACUUCGAUUUGGAAGGCGGCAAAUAUCAAUUCGUCGACUGUAAUUAUGACUACCUGUUGGCUUACUCGAAGUUGGGCAAUAACCGCUUGAACAAACUUGGAAUAUAUUGUGGCCAAAACAUGCCAUCGGCUCUGCAAUCCGAACAGAAUGUAAUGCGAUUGGAGUUCGCCUCAGAUAAAUCAAUACAACACACUGGGUUUUCGGCAGAUAUACACAUCGAUUUGGACGAAUGCAGCAUAAACAAUGGAGGCUGUCAGCAACAUUGUACAAACACAUACGGCUCGUAUAUGUGCAGCUGCCGAAAUGGUUACACUCUUCACAACGAUGAGCACAAUUGCACCGAAACCCAAUGCAAAUUCGACAUCGGGACUGAAAAUGGUACCAUCUACAGUCCCAAUUACCCCAACGAUUAUCCGAAAAGUACUUAUUGCUUUUGGCACUUCCACACUAUACUUGGUCAUCGCAUGAAGUUGAUAUUUCACGAAUUCGAAAUGGAAAAUCAUCAGGAGUGCUAUUACGAUAACGUCACCUUAUUCGAUGGCGAAUCGGAAAAGAGCUCAAUAUUGGGCACGUACUGUGGGGAAAUGGAACCAUAUGCGGUGGUGUCAACGACGACAGAUAUGUUCAUGGAAAUGUGGACUGAUGGAACAAUUCAGAAAAAAGGCUUUGUAGCUACGUAUCAAUCAGUAUGUGGUGGCUUUUUGCGGGCGACCAAUGAGACGCAAGUCUUCUUUUCGCAUCAUCGUUUUGGUUUUCAGCCCUAUAAUAAUUUAAUGCGCUGCAGUUGGGUAAUACAAGCUGACCCUGAGAGUAGUGUUGAAAUUCAAUUUUUACACUUUGACGUCGAAUUCUGUGGAAGCUGCAUCUGUGAUUCGGUGGUAAUUAAAGAAGAAAUUUUUCAAGAAAAAUAUAUGCGAAAUAGCAAUCGUGGUACUUAUUGUGGCGAUAAGAAACCACCCACGAUUACAUCAUACACUGAUACCCUACUCAUAUAUUUCAAAUCAGACGGCGAUAGAUCUUUUAAUGGUUUUGCGGUUUCUUUUAAAACCGUUGGAGCCCAUGAUUACGAGCUCGUAGAUGAAAUAGAUGAGGCGACUCCUUUUCCAGGUUACAUGCGCAGCAAGUUCUUACCCUCGAGUCCGGAUAGCGAUGAUUUCGUUGAUAGCGAUAAUGGCGAGGAUGGCGGUGAUGCCGAUGCGUACAAUUAUUAGUACAGUGAACUACAUUUACAUGUAUUUCUUGUUUUUUAUUGCUGAUGUUAGAUUAUAGACGAAUUAAAAAAAAUAUAAAUAAUUAAAAUUUAGUAAUAAUAUAUAUAUUUAUUUUGUAUAUAUGUAUGUAUAAUUUCUCUACCAA